CGGCGGCGGGGCGCGGCGCAGUCUCGCGAGAGGCGCGCGCCCCCCCGGUCCCUCAGGCGGACAUGGUGGCCGGCGAUGGACCCUCCCAGCGCAGGAAGCCCCUACCAGCCCGUCAUUGAAGCUUUGGAAAACCACCCCCAGAAGAAGUUCUACAAUGUGUCCAAGCUCGGAGGGACCAAGUAUGACACUCUGCCUUACUCCAUCCGAGUGCUGUUCGAGUCCAGCGUCCGCAACUGCGACGGCUUCCUGGUGAAGGAGACGGAUGCCAUGAACAUCCUGGACUGGAAAACAAAACAGAACCAUGUCGAAGUGCCCUUCUGUCCUGCCAGAGUUGUUCUUCAAGACUUCACUGGAAUUCCAGCGAUGGUGGAUUUUGCUGCCAUGAGGGAAGCUGUGAGAAAUGCUGGAGGAGAUCCUGUGAAAGUCAACCCUGCCUGCCCCACUGAUCUCACUGUUGACCAUUCUCUGCAGAUUGAUUUCAGCAAAUGUGCAAUACAGAACGCCCCCAACCCCGGCGGCGGGGAGGUGCCGAAGCCGCCGGCCCGGCUGUCGCCGCUGCGGGCGCAGCCCCGGAAGGUGCCGUGCCGGGGCCAGGGCGGCUGCAGGGGCGGGCCCUGCGAGUCCGGCCGGCACCCCGCGCCCUUCUCCGCGCAGAUCGAGAACACUCCCAUCCUCUGCCCCUUCCACCUGCAGCCCGUGCCUGAGCCUGAGACGGUAUUGAAAAAUCAAGAGAUGGAAUUUGGCAGAAAUAGAGAGAGGCUUCAAUUUUUUAAGUGGAGUUCAAAGGUUUUCAAGAACAUUUCCAUAAUUCCACCUGAGACUGGAACGGCUCACCAAGUGAACUUGGAAUAUUUGUCCAAAGUUGUUUUUGAAGUUAAGGAUUUGCUCUAUCCCGAUAGUGUGGUUGGCACAGAUUCCCACACAACCAUGGUAAAUGGCUUGGGUAUCUUGGGCUGGGGCGUCGGGGGCAUCGAGACGGAAGCGGUGAUGCUGGGAAUGCCCCUCACCCUCACCCUGCCCGAGGUGGUGGGCUGUGAGCUCACAGGCACAGUCAGCCCCUUUGCCACCUCCAUAGAUAUUGUUCUGAGCAUUACAAAGCAUCUGAGGCAAGCUGAGGUGGCUGGAAAGUUUGUGGAGUUUUUUGGGAGUGGUGUUUCCCAGCUGUCUGUAGCAGACCGAACCACAAUAGCAAAUAUGUGUCCUGAAUAUGGUGCUAUUCUGAGUUUUUUCCCUGUUGAUAAUGUGACACUGAAGCACUUAAAGCAUACAGGUUUGGACAAGGCCAAGCUUGAAGUCAUGGAAGCAUAUCUUAAAGCUGUGAAGUUAUUUAGAAGUGAUGAGAGUUCUUCCAGAGAACCUGACUAUUCCCAGGUAGUGCAAGUUAGUCUAAGUUCUAUAAUUCCAUAUGUCAGUGGUCCCAAGAGAUCCCAAGACAGAGUGGCUGUUAAUAACAUGAAGAGUGACUUCCAAGCCUGCUUAAAUGAAAAGUGUGGUGUGAAGGGGUUCCAGAUUGCAGCUGAGAAGCAGGAGGACACGGUGCCUGUUCAGUAUGAAGGAAAUGAAUACCAGCUGUCCCACGGCUGUGUGGUCAUUGCUGCAGUGAUCAGCUGCACCAACAACUGCAACCCCUCUGUCAUGCUGGCUGCAGGACUCCUGGCCAAAAAAGCCGUGGAGGCUGGCCUGGUGGUGAAGCCCUACAUCAGAACAAGUUUAUCACCAGGCAGUGGCAUGGUUACACAUUACCUCAGUUCCAGUGGAGUGUUGCCAUACCUCAGCAAGCUCGGGUUUGAGGUGGUUGGCUAUGGGUGUUCCACCUGUGUUGGGAACACGGCCCCUUUGCCAGAAGCCAUCAGGAAUGCAAUAAAACAGGGUGAUAUCAUUGCCUGUGGAGUGUUGUCUGGCACGAAGAACUUCGAGGGCCGCCUGUGCGACUGUGUCCGUGCCAACUACCUGGCGUCCCCCCCGCUGGUGGUGGCCUAUGCCAUCGCAGGCACCGUCAGGAUAGACUUUGAAACCGAGCCUCUGGGCAUUGGCUUUAAUGGCAAAAGUAUUUACUUACGAGAUAUUUGGCCCACCCGAAAAGAGCUUCACACGGUGGAGGAAGAGUAUGUGAUCUCAUCCAUGUUUAAGGAAUUGAAGGAAAAGAUGGAGAAAGGAAACAAACGAUGGAAUUUACUGGAAGCACCAGAGUCAACUUUAUUUCCCUGGGAUUCAAAAUCUACUUAUAUCAGAUGUCCUUCCUUUUUUGAUAAACUUGCCAAAGAACCAGUUGCACCCCAGCCAGUUGAAAACGCCCAUGUCUUGCUGUACCUGGGGGACUCUGUCACCACGGAUCACAUAUCCCCUGCUGGGAGCAUUGCCAGGAGCAGUGCUGCUGCCAAGUACCUGACCAGCAAAGGACUCACACCUCGUGAAUUCAACUCUUAUGGGGCUCGAAGAGGUAAUGAUGCUGUCAUGACAAGAGGUACCUUUGCAAACAUCAAGCUUCUGAAUAAGUUCAUAGGAAAACCAGCUCCUAAAACAAUUCACUUCCCAUCAGGACAAACGCUGGAUGUGUUUGAAGCAGCGGAGCUGUACCAGAAGGAAGGCAUUCCUGUAAUUAUUCUGGCAGGAAAGAAGUAUGGACUGGGCAGCUCAAGAGACUGGGCUGCAAAAGGGCCUUUUUUACUGGGGGUUAAAGCUGUGCUGGCCGAGAGCUUCGAGAAGGUCCACAGGAGUCAGCUGGUUGGAAUCGGCAUCGCUCCACUGCAGUUUCACCCCGGGGAAAAUCCGAGCACUUUGGGUCUCACUGGCAAAGAGCAGUUUUCCAUAUUGUUCCCUCCAGAGCUGUCGCCCAGAAUGACUUUGGAUGUUAAGACGAGCACUGGAAAAGUAUUCAGCGUGAUUGCCUUGUUUGAAAACAACACGGAGAUAACUUUAUACAAGUAUGGUGGAAGUCUAAACUUUGUGGCUCGAAGAUUCUUAUAGUAGCUACUGACUGUCUGGGUACCUUGCAUAACUGGUAACUCUGCAAAUGCCUUGUGUGAACCCAGGAAUCUGUACUGUGGAACUGCAAACAGUCCUAGUGUGCUCAAAGUUACUUCGUCCAUGGAUGUAAAAGAUUGUGAAUCAUUGUAACUGCAACAAGAUCCUUUCUGAUUUUAAAUAAUAUUCUAAUGGUGCUAUUAAACAUUGCUAAAAUCAACAUGUGUAUUGUGGCAGAGAGCUGUAAGUAUGGAGGGGAUGUUUUAUCAGACCAUUUUGUAAAUAAACUAUGCGAAAUCUGAAACUGAUUGUGCUGAAGAUUCUUAUGUAAGAAGAUUUUCUGCAGUUGUUUCUGCUCAGUUUUUGCACCUGUAAAUCUGUUUGUUGGUUUAAGGGUAGCAGAUGGCCUGGAAUCUUAAAGGCCAAGCAGAAAUUUUUUUUUUCAUCUGGAGCUUAAAAAAGAUGCGGAGUUUUGAAUUUCUUGUUCUUCAGGUUAUGGGCUGAACAAAAAGCAGUCCCCGUGAGGCCCGUGGGAUCCUGUAUCACAGAUGAUGACCUCCUUACCUUUAUUAUGGGACUAUAUUUCAUCUGGAUACAGAUUUAAAGCUGCUCAAGCUAUGAAAUGUGUGCUUAGAAAUAUGGGAAACAUUUCUGCAUUUAAAAACAAAGCUCACAGUUGUUUGGCUCAUGCAGGUUUGUUGAUGCCCUUCUGUUGAAGUUUGUCAUAUCUGCUUCAAGGGAUGCAGUUUGUUGUUUGUGGCAUCAGAUUUUCCUGUGCUGUCUGCAAUAUCAUCAAACAAAGUACCUCCCCGAAGGGUUUUAGCCUUUAAAAAUCUUUAAAAACAUCUCCUAGGACUGUUUAAAUUCCUCUGCUCUAAUUACAACCUGUGUCUAAUAAGUUGUACCUGUCAGAUGUUCGAGGGCCGGGUGGCCGUGCUGCCUUUUACUGCUUUCUCAUGUGCUGUCAGUUCACAGCUCUCCCCAGGUGUCCCGUUCCCCUGUGGAGGAGCCCAGCACCCUGAAGGAGUCUCCUGUGGCCCUGCAGUGGCUGUGACUGUCAGCACACGGAGGGCAAACCCCGUCCCACAGUUCAGAUCAGCACAAGGUGCAGAGUUGCUGCAGAGCCGCCCGUGUUCCCACUCCCUGAGCGUUACUGUGUCCGAGCUGGCCAAGGAGUGCAGCUCCAACCCGCUCCUGCUGUGCUCCUGUGUCCUGAAAAGACUCCUCACACCUCCAGGGGUCUGUGCAGAGAUUAAUUGCUGCUGGAGAACAAAACUGCAGUACUUGCCUUUUGCUUGAAGACUUUUUGUUCUUGAUAAGCAUUGUCUUAAAUAUCAAAAUAUUAGCUUUACUUACCUGUGCUUUUAAUUUAUAACCAGACACUAAGCUAGCUGACUUGCAAACUAACAGAUGCACUGUUCAAUUCUUUAAAUAGUAUGUUUGACAUUCCUUAAAAAAAACCCAAACAAAACCCCCAAAACCUCUCACAGUUAUAUAAUUACGGUGUAUUCAUUUUUUGACUGUUCAAAGGCCAAACUAAUUUAAUUUCACUGACAAAACUUCAAUAUAUCUUUUUCUAUUUUAUUAGACAGAGUGCACUAAAGUUUGAAGUUGUGUGUAAUCUGUUUUUAUGUUUCACUAGUUUGAUGUGGUUUCCUUUCAGGUGAGAUGAAAACCCUUCCGGUGACUCCUGCCACUGAUAAGGGGGAUCAGUGGAUGCAGUUGGAUUGUAAUAUCCAGCUGAAUGCUGAAUGAGUCCCUGUUCUGUGCUACAUUCCCACUGAUUCUAUCCAGAGUGACUGAGCAGAUCUUACUCCUUGUACAACGGUGUCUAAUGCUAUUUUAUCCCAGCUCAAAGUGUAUAUUCUUGAUUUAGUUCAAGAAAAUGUACAUUACUGGGGAGAAAAUGGGAAUUUAGUGCUGGCACAUUGUGAUGCCUGAUGCAGAUGAUAAAACUGCAACUCCAAGCCUGUUUACAGCUUGUGUAACUGCUGAAGCUCGAAGGGAACACAGCCUCCCACCCUCUCUCAAUGCUUCAGGAGACAGGAUCCAAGCCCUGUCAAGGCAAACUGGUGGAGUGAAGUUAAGCACAAUUUCAAGGGAUGUGACUUGUCUGCAAGUUGUCACCCGUAAAGCAUUCAGCUCUUUUCAGAGACAUGAUGGCUUUCAUUACCACAGCAGCUACUUGAGUUCUGCUGCACUCCUGUGUCUUACAGUCCAUGAGAGAGAGGGGGAGAGGGAGUUCUGAGCCGUGCCUGGUGCUGCUCAGCUGGAGGCUCCUGCUCUUGUUGCUGCAGCGGGUCCAUCUCAGGUCAGUGGCACCUGAGCUGUGCAGGCUGACUGCUCCCCUUGGGUCUGUGCCCCUGGGCUGCAGGGGGGCUGUGUGGGACCCAGCUCCUCCUGUGGGGUGAACUGCCAGUGCAGUAACACCCCAUGAUCCCUGGGAACGUGCCUGUUCCCACUCCCUUGUGCAGCAGUGAAUGUUGUAAAGCCCAGCUCAGCAGCCCAGCAGUGAAUGUUGUAAAGCCCAGCAGCCAAGGGAAGAUGUUUAACUUAGGACUGCUCGGAUCCUGUGAGCUUUAGGUGGGCAGCAGUGACCCCUUUAGGUGGGGCCUCUGGCAGUGCAGGGCAUGGACAGAACUGCUGUGAUCACCCCCCAAACGUUGUUCAUUAGACCUCUCUAGUAUCUUAGGAGGACAUGUACCUCUCUGAGAAGUGACUCGGUGUGUUAGAUGUGUUUAAUCCAGACUUCUCUCUCCAUUUUGAUUUGGAGGAAAAAUCUGUUACAGUUUUUCCAAAUGUUUUCUCUCCUUGCUUCCCUCUUCCUCCCUGUCCCAAACCAGAAAGCUUUGGGAUAGUGUUGAUGUUCAUACAUUUUACACCUAAGUAUAAGAACAUGAAACCAUGUAUAUUAAUCAUAUUUAAGCAACUGCAAAUCAAUAUCUGCUGUUUAAAGCCAACAGAACAGUGUAAGUUUUAAGUUCAGUAAGUAUUGUAGAGAUAAACCUUGUUUGAUUGAUGAAAAUUGCGCAUAAAAUGUUACCAACGCUGUAAAUUAUUUUUAAUAAAGAAAAUUGUAUCACA